AUGGCAAAGCAACACAACCAAAGUACUACUGCGCAGGCAGCCAAGUCGCGGAAAAAGGAAUCUCGAGCAGACGAGAACAACAGCAACAAUACAUGGCCAGAUAACAGCACAAAUGACUCUGGAUUCCAAUGGGAAGGACCAUCGAUAUUCGACGACAACAAAAACAACAACAGCAACAACAACAACAACAACGGUGAUCAUGCGCCGGCGCAUGAAGUGAUACCACCUGAUAUGAUUGAUGGAAAUAGCAGACACAACAUGAAUAACGACAUUCAUGGAAAGGACGACGGUACCAACAGCAACGACGUGUUGGCUGUCCCCAUGUUACCGGGCGUCUCCAUGGAACCCAUUUAUCGUCAGCACCGCAGUCUGUCCUUCUCAAUGGGACAGGAUCCUACAUUUUUCGGCUACAAUGAUUACAGCGAUGACGAUGAUAAUAUACCGAGUGACACCACAAAAGCAUCCACACGGAUGAUGCCCAACAGCCACACGUACAAAAACUCGCUUGAAACAAUGACAGAGGAGGAGGAUGACGAGGUAGAUGAUGCGCAAAAUGACAACGAGGAUGACGAAAUGGAGUUUAAUCCUUGCCGGACGCGGUCAAAGUCGUCGGGAGCGGCCCUGAGCAUGUUGUCGUCCUCCCAGCAGGGAUAUCUAGUGAAUCGUUCUAUGCGCCGUGGAUCGGCCGGAAAACAACAGGAUGAGGGACAGGUUCCAUCCGAUCAGCAGCGGCUUUGCAACGUUGCUGCAUCUUCAUCGUCAGGCUCACAGGGUCACAUGAACAGUGCAACCACAGACCCUGUGUUACGACUAGCAGAGCAGAUUGAAGCUAUGCAACUUCAACAACAGCAAUCCGGGUACAACACUAUGCCCACCUCGUAUCCCAUGCCUAUUCCUCCUCAUCCAGAAAUGUAUUCCCAUCCUCAUCCUCCUGCGCCUCAUCAUCACCACCUUCAUCACCCAACAGCAGCGGCAGCAGCAGCAGCAGCAGGAACCCCUUAUUAUCCUGAUCAACACCACCACCAUCAUCAUCAUCAUCAUCCUCAUCACCCCCAACCACAGCACAAUGACACGUCUACCGCCACAACAACGACGGUCGAUUCUCGCGUGUACCAAGAAGGAAAAGGUGUAGCGUUACACCAGCUACCCACAAAAACCCUGUUGUACAUGAUCGAGUUUAAGGCAGGUCGCACGGACUUUUUUUACGUCAUGCCGAACACUCUGCAACCACCACCCCGUCUCGGCGAUCUAGUCAUUGUUGAAGCUGACCGUGGUAAAGAUCUUGGCAAAGUUGCUUUGGAGAAUCUAACCCAUGAAGAAAUUUUGAAUUUGAAAAAACAACAACAACAACAACAACAACAUGAUUCCCCUUCUACUACCACCACCACCACGACAGAAGAUAAUAAUGAACAUAGUAGCCACCCAUCCUCAUCGCCCCGAUCUUCAGCUGAGGCAGCAGCAACAGCAGCAGCAGCAGCAGCAGCAGCAGCAUCAUCAUCACCCGUAGCAUCUGCAACAACAGAUAUCAAACCGUCCGAUAUUCAAAUCAAACGUAUCUAUCGACAAGCAUUGCCGGAUGAGAUUUCUGUCUUGAUGCUGAAAAGCCAAGACGAGCAGCGUGCGCUCUCAAUGUGUCAACAAAAGACAAAGCAGCGCAACUUACCAAUGGAAGUGGUGGAUGCAGAAUACCAGUGGGAUCGACGCAAGUUGACGUUUUAUUUCAUUGCGGAACGACGCAUUGAUUUUCGAGAAUUAGUCCGCGAGUUGUUCAAGAUUUACAAAACCCGGAUUUGGAUGUGUGCUGUGAAUCCUGGUAGCAAUGUAAACUGA